UUUCCUCUGAUAGCUGACAGUUAUGCACGAAAAGGACUGGUUCUCUGGGAAAGGGUAGAGACGGAGAAGGACCGAAGAACAAAUGUUAACCCGGAAGGAGUAAACCAGGAAGUGAAAGUCAUCCGGCGUCGGCCGGCCUGAAAUAUUGAGCAGUAGGGAAGGUUCUGCUCUCACUGACGUCCUUUCUUCGUUUUUUUAGUUAUUCAUACUUCCUUACUGAUCUUAAAAGGGGUUUUUUUCUCUCCCAGUUGUUACUAUGUUGCUUUAUAGUCCCUCCUCAUGGAAUCACUCUGCGCUGUAGGCUGAGUUACACAGAGUGGUUUCCAUGCGCUCCUCGUGGGCACGAAUGCCGGCUUAGCGUCAGAUCUGACCUGCGGAUACUGAGAGUUGCUCCUAGACUGGUCAGUAAUCCUCUUACUGUGGUGAGUGAUGGAAAAGAUUGCUGUUCUCAGAUGCUGAGAUGAAUCAUCACCUUUGUGUUUGUCUCUUUAAACGUCUGUCUCUCAAUGGCUACCUCCAAUAUCACAUCUACAUCCAUUCUCAUCAACUUAGACGGAUACAUCUUGACACAAGGCUGUGGGUUUUUAGACAAAACAGAAAUCCUCUUCGCCAUUGUCUGUUAAAUAAGAAUUGGUCCAGGAGAUAUUGCCAUCAGGAUGCCAGCAUGUUCAGGAAGCAUAAAGCACUUCAGAAAUAUAUGGAAGACCUAAAUAAGGAGUACCAAAACCUUGAUCAGUGUUUGCAGCAUGUCUCUGUGAAUGAAGGGGAUCGAAGGACCUUGUACCGGAGGCAUGCUGAGUUGGCACCACUUGCAGCCGUUUAUCGAGAAAUUCAGGAGGCUGAACAAGCAAUUGAAGAAUUAGAAUCAAUGUGUAAAAGUCUAAAUAAACAAGAUAAAAAGCAGUUACAAGAACUUGCAUUAGAAGAAAAGCAAACCAUUGAUGAAAAAAUCAACAUAUUAUACAGUGAGCUUUUCCAGAGUUUAGUGCCAAAGGAGAAAUAUGACAAAAAUGAUCUUAUUUUAGAGGUAACAUCUGGAAGAACUACUGGAGGUGAUAUCUGCCAACAAUUUACCCGGGAAAUAUUUGACAUGUACCAGAAUUAUUCAUACUAUAAACACUGGAACUUUGAACUUCUGAAUUAUACACCAGCUGAUUAUGGUGGGCUACAUCAUGCAGCUGCCCGAAUUUCUGGUAGUGACGUCUAUAAGCAUUUGAAGUAUGAAGGUGGGAUUCACCGAGUUCAGCGAAUUCCCGAGGUCGGCCUGUCAUCGAGGAUGCAGCGCAUUCACACAGGAACAAUGUCAGUUAUUGUCCUCCCUCAACCAGAUGAGGUAGAUGUGAAAGUGAACCCCAAGGAUCUGCGAAUAGAUACUUUUCGAGCCAAAGGAGCAGGAGGGCAGCACGUUAAUACAACAGAUAGUGCUGUGAGACUCGUCCAUAUCCCUACAGGAAUCGUAGUAGAAUGCCAGCAAGAACGAUCACAGAUAAAAAAUAAAGAAAUAGCUUUGCGUGUGUUGAGAGCUAAACUCUACCAGCAUAUUGUUGAGAAAGACAAGUGUCAACAACAAAGUGCUAGAAAAUUGCAGGUGGGAACAAGAGCCCAGUCAGAAAGAAUUCGGACAUACAAUUUCACCCAGGAUAGAGUCACUGACCACAGGAUAGCAUAUGAAGUUCGUGAUAUUAAGGGACUUUCAGGAAGCCUGUGCCUUCAAUGAUGAGAUCUGUUGUAUCUGCGAUAUUCCUGUCAUGAAGGUCUACAACCCAGCCAGGGGAGAAUGGAGGCGGAUUGGUAAUAUUCCUUUGAACUCAGAGAACUCCAACUACCAGAUUGUUAAUCAUGGCCAAAAGUUGCUGCUCAUCGCCUACAGCCUUUCACACUGGAAAAAGAAUCGGGUGACUGUGUACGAAUAUGACACCAGGGAAGACUGGUGGAUUAAUAAAGGCACCAAGCUGGGCCUCUUGCGUUUUGACUCUGGCUUUAUUUGCUUCAGUGCUCGGGUUUAUCCUUCCUGCCUCGAACUAGGUCAAAAUUACAUCACUGAUGAAUGUGAGGCACAGAGUGAGUCUAAUGUGAGUGGGACUUAGAUGCAGUGAACUGGACUCUGAGUCCGCAAGUUCAAGUUCUUUUUCUGAUAAUUAAGUCUGGGUGUGGAUAGUGCCUCAGUGAAAUGCACAGGAUCAGCAGGGUCCAUUGUAGUUUGAAACUAUAAUGUAUUUCUUACUUCUAUAGAAGGUAUCUUAGAAAGAUAUCUUUUCCUUUUCCCAGAAAAAAACAAAAACAAAAACACAAAACUCAAAUUUAUUGAGAGUGCAGAUUUAGUUGAGAAAUGGUAAAGUUUUGAAAUACUAGUGUAAUAUUAAAUUUAAACGGUCCACAAAGUUAGCCUAUUUAAUAAUUUAGUGUGCUAAAAGGCCAAAACUAAAAUAGUAAAAUUCUAUGCAAAAAUGAACUAUAUAGUCAACCAGAAUGCCCAGUGGAUUUUUCCAUUGUUCAAAUGUUUGUCGUGCCAGUGGAUUGUUUUGAUUAGUUAGUGUGUUUAUUUUUGAUUAUCCUAAUUAAAAAAUUCUGUUUAGUGCCACAGCAAUGUAACUUUAAUUUACAUUUUCAUAAUAGAAAACUUAUUGGAUUAGGAAUUCCUAGGUAGAGAUUUGAAAGUAGGUAUUUUCCCUCAGAAUAAUGAAAGUAGAUUUCCAAAAUGUUAAACUAGUCGAUUCUUACAAAAUGAAUUCUAAGUUAAAUAUAAUUUAAGUUUUUGGUUUGGCUUUCUUCUGUGCAAAGAAAAAAAAGUCAUAUACAUGUAUAAAGGUUAUUGAGUACUGAUUUCAUUUUGAUAAUAUGCAGAAUGGCCUUAUUAGCUCACAGAAAGUAAAAAAUCAGGGUUCCACUGUUUGAGAAGAAAUUUCAGUUUUUAAUUUUGGAAUUCAAAAUGUGUAUUUGCUAACUGACCAAUUUUCUAUUUUAAAAAAAAUCCAUUCUAGUAGUAUCAUCAAUCUUUUCAAAACCCUCGUGAACCAAAAAAUAAAUAAAUAAAUAAAUAAAAACAACUUGCUUUGUAAGUCCAUAUUUUUUAUUUAUACCUGAUAGGCUUUGUUGAAUCAGAGGAACAAUCCUUUUUUUCACUGGACAUAUUAUUGGGUAAUAUAAAUUUUUAUCACCUGGUCAUAUCUUAAAUUAAAAAGUUUAUAUGCUCCCCUAAGAUACUUUGGAUGAAUAGUUUUGUUGUUUGUGUUGGACUCUUCUGCAGGAAGUGAGUUGUUCUUCAUGUUUUGUGAAGUGAUACUCAUUUUGAAAAUAUGUAUAAACUAAAAACAGCAUUUUCUUGAGAUCAGUAGUUAUUGUGUCUAUCAACUGUAAAAUCAAGUGUCAACAAAGAACUUUAAAACUUUAAGCUGUGUACAGAACAUUUUGUUUGGCAUUAAAAGAUUCUGUCAGUUUUGUAAUUCA